AUGCUGUCGAAGCACAUACUUCUCUCGCUGCUCGCCGCCUUCGCCGCUGCGACCCCAAUGCCUCGCCGCCGUGCCGUCGAGGCGCUCGAUCCCGACGCCACCGCCGAGGCCCACCAGCGGGAUGACACUGCUACGCGUGCCUUUGCCAAUGUGUCGGUCCAGACUGCCGACGGCCGAUGCCUCUUUGUCGACCCCCUGUCCGGUGAUUUUCGUGCGAACUUGACCCCCGUGCAGCUGUCCGCCUGCGGAUCGACUGAAGGCCAGGGCUGGGAUGUCAUUACCGCUGGAAAGCACAAUGACCAGCCAGGCCAGGUUCUCUUCGUGAACACCUUGACCCAAGCAUGCCUCAAUUUUGACAGCCGCAACGGCAACGUCAACCUUUUCUCCUGUGGCGGCCGCGCGGCUGGUGAGGGCAAGGUCACCGAGUCUCAGCUCUUUGCCUAUGCCGGCCGCAUGGCACUAUCUCUGAAGCCGAAGAACGCCGACGGCCAGUGUCUCGUCGCAAACGGAGACUCACUCGGCGUUGCCGCUUGUGCCGAGGGCGAGACGACGCAGAGGUUCAAUAUUGGAGGCAUGUCUAUCCGGUGGAAGCGGAGUCCUCACGGUGCCGGCUUCGGGGCCGGCCGUCCCUCGUUUCUAGGGGGUUCAGGCAGCGCAGGUGUCCUCCCCAACUUGGGUGGUCUUUUUGGCGGUGGCGGUGGCGGUGGCCAGGGAAGCGGCGGGAACGGGCGUGGGAACGGCGAUAACCGGGGCGGGAAUGGAAAUGGCAACGGCAAUGGAAAUGGCAACGGGAACGGCAAUGGAGGUGUUAUGCCGCCUCCCGCUGCUCCCCCCGUUGCUCCUCCCGUCGCCGGGCCCACCCAGCAGCCUACCGCACCCAACGGGGCUCCAACACCAAUCUUCUCAACUAUCAUUCCCGAUGGCGGUAACGAAGGCGGCAAUGGCAGCGGUAACGAUGCCGAAGCCCUACCUUGUUCGACAGCGGCCCCCGUUACUAGCUCCACCACUUCAAAGGCUGCCCCGCCCACGGCACCCCCUGGUGCACCGACGCCUAUCUUCUCCCCGAUUGCCCCCAAUAGUGGCAACGAUGGAGGUCAUGCCAGUGGAAGAGGGGGCAAAGCCGGCAGUAAUGGAGGUAACCAAGGCGGCAAUAAUAACGACGACGAUAACGCAAACACUCCCGAUCAGACAUCGUCUUGCUCCAAAACCAGAACCAGAAGGACCAGGUCUGCCGCUCAGCCUACCGCUCCACCAACUGCACCCAGCGGCGCCCCGGAACCUAUUUUCUCAACUAUUGCUCCUGAUGCUGGAACUGGCGAGGAUAACAACGGCGGUUAUUGUACUCCUGACCCGGCUUUGUCCUCGACCACAGAGUCCUACGUAUCUCGGGCGCCACCUGCGCCCACAAAGCCACCCACGCAGCCCUCGGCUCCAGAAGGUGCCCCUACACCAAUCUUCUCUACUAUUGAUAGUGGCGGUGGCGCUGGUGCGGGCGGGGGCAACGGCAACGGCAACGGCAACGGCAACGGCAAUGGCAAUGGCGGAGGGGAGGAAAAGAAGGAUGACGCCGCUCCUGAAACACCUGGUUCUACCACACCCGUCAACCCCACGGCUCCGAUCCCCGUCUCCCGGGCCGGUGGUACCCUCAACCCCAUAGCCGCGGCAGAGGCGCACCAAUUUGACUCUGGCGCCACCCGUCCUGUGCAGUCCGUAUCUCUCCGAGCCUCAACCGGCGAGUGUGUGUCCGUUGAUCCCACAGCUGGCGAUUUCCGCCAGAACCUGAUCCCUCUCGCUCUCGUACCCUGCUCUGGAGCGCCUGAGCAGAAAUUUGAUUUUAUAACGGCGGGUGCCCACAACGAUGGUUCCAGGCCGGGAUCUGCUCUCGUGGUGAGCGUCGUGACGAACGGCUGUGUCAGCACGGACAGCCGAAGGGCGGCCGAUGACAACGUAACCGUGUUUUCUUGCGGUGGACGUGCCGGCGGCGAGGGCAAGACGGACGUCGGGCAGCUUGUUGAUCUCAAGGGCGCCAAGGAGGGCGAGUCGUUCGUCUGGCAGCCAGCCAACGGAAACGGACAGUGUAUUGUUCCUGGGCAGGGCAGGCUCGUACUUGGUGCUUGCGGUGGAGCGGAUUCGACCUUUGAUAUUAUCCAUGUUGGGCCUGAUGCCAAGUAG